ACCCCAUUUCUUCUCUUUCUCUCUCUUUUGUCCCCAAACAAAACACCUCUUCAGUCUUCACCAUUUUCUCUCUCUUUCUCACACACUUUGCGUCAAUUCUCAGUACCCUUUUUUCCUUUCGAUUUUAUUCUCCAAUUAUGACGAUUGGUUCUGCAGGAUCUAGCGUCGUUGACCAGGUUACUAGGCGGCCAGGAGCCGGGGAACUCUGCAUUUCUCUAAGAAGGCCUAAAGUGGCAAUAGUGAAUUUUACCGUUCCCAGAAACUUCAGGUUGCUGGAAGAACUUGAACGUGGUGAGAAAGGGAUUGGAGAUGGGAGUGUCAGCUAUGGGAUGGAUGACAGUGAUGAUAUUUACAUGCGCUCUUGGACGGGAACUAUCAUUGGCCCUCACAAUAGUGUACAUGAAGGCCGCAUCUAUCAGUUGAAGCUUUUCUGUGACAAAGAUUAUCCAGAGAAACCUCCAACUGUUCGCUUCCACACAAGGGUCAACAUGACUUGUGUGAAUCCUGAGAGUGGAAUGGUUGAACCAAAGAAGUUUGGAAUGCUGGUUAAUUGGCAGAGAGAGUACACUAUGGAGGACAUUCUGACUCAGCUGAGGAAAGAAAUGGCUGCACCCCACAAUCGGAAACUUGUUCAACCUCCAGAAGGGACCUAUUUCUAGUUGAACCUACUUGUUUAGGACACCCCUUCUUAACAAGUUGGGCGUCCUGAAACAAAAGAACCUGAAUGGCCUUAUAAUUCAGUACAUAGUUUAAUUAUGUCUGCUCUUGAUAUGGAAAUAUUGAAGGAAAAAAGUCCCAAUAUUGCAUGCUGAUUGAUGUCUUCAAUCGGAUUCCUUAGUGUGUGUUCUUGUAAAACAGCUUUUAACUUUGAGACUUGAAAAUGAAAAUUCUAGUCAACUGAGCCACUAGUGUCUGUAAUCUGUAUGGUUAGCUGCUGAGCAAAGUGGUUAAUUGGCGGCUAGCUAAAAUCAUUGAUUUACUGUUUUUGACGUCAUAAUAUGCUUUAUGUGAUUGUAGCUCUUUCCACUCUUAAAAAUUGUUUACAAUGUUUGUCUGUAUGAUACGACGAAGUAUUUGAAUAGUUUGUGAGGAAUCUGAGCGUGCUUGCUUGGUUGUUGAA